ACGAGAGCCUUCCGCCCGCUUGCAGCCCGAUGCGAGCGCUAGCGCCGCCGCUUCCAAUCCCGUGCGUCUCCCUUGCCUCGUGCGCUUCUCCUUCCACCUCCGCGCGCGAAAUCCAUCUUUCCCUCGCUCCAAAUCGCUUGGUGCGCGCCAAAUCGAAGCUCUAAAGUCUCCAGCUUCCCCCAAAUCGCCACCACCCCAAACCCUAGAACAGCCGCCGGCGCUGCAUCAAGGAGAUGGGCCAGCAGUCCAAAAGGACGCGUGCGCCGGCGCCUCAGGUCGUCCCGCCGUCGCUGCCUCAAUUCGUUCCGCCGUUGAUGCCGCAUCUCGUCCCGCCGUCGGCGCCACACCUCGUCCCGCCCCCGUCGGCGCCGCACCUCGUCCCGCCGCCGUCGGCGCCACACCUCGUCCCGCCGCCACGCCAGCCCGGACCAGGUGCCUCGAUCCCCCCACGGCCACCAAAGGCAGCGGCGGCCUCUGCACCAUGCUGGCUGCCCCAGACGCAAGGCCCUUUGUGGUACACGAAUGUUGAUGAUCUGAAUCCAGAAGCAUGGGGAGUGGAUUCUCACCCACCUGGUGGGUUCCUUGGUUUUUUUAAGAACAUGCCAAGCCUUUCCCAAGCUGUGAGCAAUGGGACUUCAUCGCAACAAAUCAAGAAAGGAGAUGCCACCAAUGGUGGCGAGUGUGCAAGGACUGAAAAGCGCUUGCUGUGGACAAAAGAGGAAGAUCUUAGAUUGGUUGGUGCUUGGUUGAAUAAUUCAAACGAUCCAAUCCAAUCAAAUUACAAGAAGAACGACCAAUACUGGAACGAAGUUGCUGCUGUCUACAAUAGUACCACUCCCAAAAACAGGGAAAGGCUAGUCAAGCAAGUGAAGGAUCGCUUUGGGAGAAUUAAGAAAAGGGUUGCAUGGUUUUGUGGGAGUUACAAGGAAGCUAGUGCACUGUAUGCUAGUGGUGAAUCUGAUGCAGAUUUAAAGAAGAGGGCAAUGCAAACUUAUGAGGCAGAUCACCCAGGAGACGGUCCAUUUAUGUUUGAGCAUUGUUGGGUAGUUCUAAAAGAGCAACCAAAAUGGGAUGCAUAUUUGGAACGCCUAGAAGAUGUGGAGCCGGACAAGAAGAUGUAGUCAAUAGUCAAAUUACACUUAACUAUAGUGUAUUUCAGAUAACCAUGUAGAAGUGCAAAAAAUCAUGUAGUCAAUAGUCAAAUUACACUUAACUACAAUGCAUUCCAGAUAACCAUGUAGAAGUGCAAAAAAUCAUGUAGUCAAUAGUCAAAUUACACUUAACUACAGUGCAUUCCAGAUAACCAUGCAACCAUAAUUAUACACUCAGGACACUUGAGACAUCUAUAUAAUGCCCCAUCUCAGGUUUAGACUCAUCCACCCAAACCCAUCUUCCUUCCCAUACCUCUCAUCUUCCUGCUCAGCCUACAAACCAAUCUUCCUCACCCACCAUGUCAGAUUCAUCAUCAUACUCAGAUGACUCUGAUGAACUAGCCCCAUCCAAAAUCAUGGAAGAGUAUGUUGCUGAGCAAACCGUCUUGGACUCCUUUGCCGAGCGACUCAUGAUGAAGAUCAAGGCUAGGAUUUCAGCUGGAUCAUCUCAGCGACAAAGUGGUCCAAGGAAGAUCAUUCGAAGGGAUCAUGGAGGUGCUCAUGAACGUUUGGUGGAGGACUAUUUUGCUGCUGAUCCACUCUACGACGAGAGUAUGUUUCGUACAAGAUUUCGCAUGAAUAAACACCUCUUCCUACGCAUUGUGAAUGCCCUUGGUCAGUGGUCUCCCUAUUUCACUUAUAGGGCAGAUUGUUCUGGCCGAAUAGGCCUCUCACCAUUGCAGAAGUGUACUGCAGCCAUGCGCAUGCUAGCGUAUGGCACCCCUGCAGAUGCCCUUGAUGAGUACUUGAAGAUUGGGAAGUCCACUGCAUUAGAGUGUAUGGACAAGUUUGCACGGGGUGUGAUUGCGGUGUUUGACGGGGAAUACUUGCGACGCCCCACAAGAGAGGAUAUUGAGCACUUGCUUCAGGUUAAUGAGUCUCGUGGUUUUCCUGGAAUGUUAGGAAGUAUUGAUUGCAUGCACUGGUGAUGGGAUAAGUGUCCUUUAGCAUGGAGGGGGCAAUUCACCCGUGGUGAUUAUGGAGUGCCUACAAUGAUCCUAGAAGCCGUUGCUUCCCAGGACCUUCGUAUUUGCCAUGCUUUCUUUGGAAUUGCUGGGUCAAACAAUGACCUUAAUGUGCUCAACCAGUCCCCACUGUUUUUUGAUGCCUUGAAAGGAGAAGCCCCUCAAGUUCAGUUUUCAGUCAAUGGAAAUGAGUAUAGCACGGGUUACUACCUUGCUGAUGGUAUAUACCCAGAGUGGGCUGCCUUCAUGAAGACCAUACCACUUCCCCAAACAGAUAAACAUAAGUUAUUUGCCAAGUACCAAGAAGGGGCAAGGAAAGAUGUGGAGCGUGCUUUUGGGGUAUUGCAGUCCCGCUUUACCAUUGUUCGCCGGCCUGCACGACUAUGGCAGAGAAAGAGUGUUGGAAGGAUCAUGCGAGCAUGUGUGAUUCUCCACAAUAUGAUAGUCGAAGAUGAGAGAGAGCAAGUUAACGUUCAUAUUGACUUGAAUGAGAUUCCAGGGGCUUCAUUUGAUCUACCCUCUGAAGUGAAUGUUGGUGGUAAUCUUUGUUUUGCUGAUGUACUGCGUAGGAAAGCUACCAUCCGUGCUCGUCCACAACAUAACCAACUUAAAAAUAUUCUGGUCGAGCAUAUUUGGCAUAGGGCUCAAAAUAGGCAUCACAAUUAGUCACGGACUAUGCCGUGUCGUGGUGACUGCUGCAUGUGCAACCUACUCUGGCUGAAGAUUGUUGACGCAGAUGGAUUUGUCGCUCCUUUCUAUUGAAGUUCCAACUUAUCAUCGUCAAGAUCAAAACUAAUGGCUUAUUUGCAUUGUCUCUUGUUUGGUUAAUGUUUUCUUAAAAAGACUGGUGUAAUGUUUGAGUGUCGAUGUCAUGGUGUUAUGCGCCAUUAGUUUGUUGAUCGUCGACGCCAAGAUUAAAACUAACGGCUUGUUUGCCGGGCGUCUUAUUUAGUUCUAUGUUUGGUUAAUGCUUCCUUGGAAAGACUCAAGCAAUGUUCAAC